AAAAAAAAUCCUUUCAUUUAAUCACUUUGAUUGUAGCAAUCAAUCAAUACCUUUGAUUUGGUUGCUUAAUUGUUUAACAUUCGUGUAUGCAUAAGUAUGAUUGAUUAAUUAGCGUUCGUAAUCAAUCAGAUUGUGCAAAUUUGCACAAAAUGACACCCGAAGAUUUUACCAAUUUGAUGAAUUAUGAUGAAGGAAAAUGUAAAUUGUUCCUGAUCAUCUGUGAAUCGGGUGACAAUUUAAAUCGUUACAAUCAGUUUACCUGAACAACAGCCAAUGUCAAGGUAUUGGUCAAUUUUUGAUCGAACCCUUGAAUCGUAAUAAUUUAUUUUAAUUCUCUGUUUUAUCAACUUAAAUUGUGAACAGUUUAACACCAACAAUAUGCCCGCUUUAAUCAACAUAGCGCCCGAUUGGUUUGAUCCAGUACAAUCAAGUGAAUGGAUUAAAACCAAUUGGACAAUUUGUUUACCGUUCGUUGUUAUUUACUUAAUUACUGUCUAUGGACUUCAACAUUGGAUGACCAAUCGAAAACCUUUCAAUACUAAACGUUCAUUGGUCAUUUGGAAUUCGUUAUUGGCCAUUUUCUCGACCGCCGGUGCGAUCCAAGCAAUUUACGAUUCAUAUAUGACCUUAAAGGUCCACGGAUUAGCUAAAGGUCUUUGUGACAAUUCAUUUCUCAGUGAUAAGUAUGUUCUCUUCAUCGGUUGGCUGUUUAUCUGGUCAAAAAUCGUUGAAUUCGGUGACACAAUAUUCAUUGUACUUCGUCGGAAACCAUUACAGUUUCUUCAAGUUUAUCAUCAUGCGACAACUUGUAUCUGUUGCUUUUUCUAUUACUCAACGGGAACGGCCAUUUGCCGAUGGACACUUUGUAUGAACUUUACUGUCCACUCGUUCAUGUAUUCAUAUUUUGCCAUCGUUGGAAUGGGCUACCGAGUACCUCGACCUUUCGCCAUGAUAUUGACCUCUGCCCAGUUGAGCCAAAUGCUAAUCGGAAUGGGAAUCAACAUUUACCAUAUUAACCGACUACUCGCUGGGAUUCCGUGUGCCUCGUCGAUCGGUUUGGCCUCGUUCUCGAUUACCGUUUACUGUUCAUACGCGAUUCUUUUUGCUCACAUGUUCAUGGUUAAAUAUUUUUCCACCAAAUCGAAAAUCAAAUAAUUAUCAUGACUAAUUCUCAGCUGAUUAACUUUGAUCCGAUCAACGAUCGUUGCGACGAUAAUUUUGAUUCAUUUCGCUUUUAAUUCACUAAAAAUUUUUCGUUGAAUCUUCUUAAUUCACCUUCUAAACUUGCUCUUUGUUGUAUAAUCAAUUAAUACUCAGUGAUUAGUACUAUUAAUAUUAAAUUAUGAAGAUUCGUUGAUUGUUGUUGAUACAAUCAAAGUCUCAGGUUGUCCUUUUUUUCAUUGAAA